GUGCAUAAACUAUAUAUUUCCUGCUCCAUCCACUCUUCAUCCAGUUAUUCCAGCGGACAUCGUCUUGCCCCUCUUUGCCCCUCCUUUUGCAUUUUGGCGUCCCGCCUAGCACUCGUUUCCUUUUCCUCUUCACCUUUUGACUAUCGAUCAUCCUGUGGGCUAAAGAUGGUGAAGCACGGCCAAUAUGAGUAUCUUACGCAGGAGGAGAGAAGAUUGAAGGAAGACAGGGAGCGGAGGAAGUAUUGGAAGAAAUGGGGCCCCUAUCUCAGCGAGUGAGUUUUCUCAAUGCUUAUCGCACCAACUCCCCAUAAAAUAUAGGGGGGGCUCAAUGUUAACAGCUAUCGUGGCGAUGAAGACGACAAUGGGGAACAGUUCGUGAAGAUUACUCGUGAGUUCUUCCGCUAACUCCCACUUCCGGAUUUUGGGAGUUUGACUGAUUGGGUUGCUAGUGAGAGCGGAGACGCCUGGAGCCGUACGUCGUUGUAACCGGUUUCCCAACCCCUCGCAUUUGCUAACUCGCGCGCUAGACUUUCCUCACGAUCACGCGAGAUCUCGCACCUACCGCUGGGGCGAGGACGGAAUUGCCGGAGUGUCGGACACUCAUGGUCUUCAGAAUAUCUCUUUUGUGUUCUGGAACGAACAUGAGUACGCUUCCCCACGCCCUGCAGUUUGGUCCCAAUAGCUAAUAAUUUGCAGUGAUUUCUUGAAAGAACGUCUCUUUGGUCUUUCGAAUCCCCAGGGAAAUCAUGGAGAAUCUCUCAAGGAAGCACAUUUCCAUCUUGACAACACACCUACCCACUCCUAUAUGAAAUAUCUAUACAAGUAUCCUCAGAGAAAAUUCCCCUAUGAGCCGUUGGUAGCGGAGAAUUCCAGGCGGAGUCGAGACGUACCAGAAUUUACCCUAACGGAUACGGGUAUUUUUAAGUGGGGUCUCUUUUCCCGGUGUUUGCGUAAGGGUUCAUCAUUAAUUUAGGGUUAGGGAUGAUCGGUAUUGGGACAUCUUCAUUGAAACGGCCAAGGAUACAAACGACGAGGAAGAGCUUCUUUUCCGUGUUACGGCAUGGAACCGGGGGCCCGAGCCUGCGCCUUUGCACAUUGUUCCGCAUAUGUGGUUCCGUAACACUUGGGCUUGGGGCCACGAGGACGAAUCCAAGAAGCCAAACAUUAAACAGGAAGGCCCAUUAAUUGCCGGGUCGAAGCAUUGGGCACUCGGAGAUCGUUAUCUUCAGCUCUCGCCUUCACCAGGUGUCACUCCGGAGUCUCCAGACGUGCUGCCGGAGCUUAUGUUUACGGAUAAUGAUACCAAUUAUAAGUGCCUUUUUGACGGCCAAAACCAGACACCAUACGUAAAGGACGCAUUCCACAGGUACAUAGUCGACGACGAGAAGGAUGCGGUUAACCCUGCAAAAACUGGUACCAAGGCUGCAGCCUGGUACGCAUUUGAGGAAGGCGACGGAGUGCCUCCCGGCGGGUGCGCAGUCGUCCGGUUCAAGUUCUCUCGAAAUGUAGAAAGCCGUUCAUAUAUUCCCGGCGAGUCGGAGAUCGGGAUCGACGAAGAGCUCUUUGACGACAUCAUCGAGCGCCGUCGCUCCGAAGCCGAUGAAUUCUACUGGCGUAUUUCCCCAUUACCGAUGGCCGACGAUCUUAGAAAUAUUCAACGACAGGCACUUAGCGGGAUGUUAUGGACGAAGCAAUAUUACCACUUUGUGUGGGAUCAAUGGGCAAAUGGAGACCCAUCGCAGCCACCGCCACCGCCUGGGAGAAAGGGGAUUCGAAAUCAAACUUGGAAACAUAUGUACCUGGAUGACGUACUGAGUAUGCCCGACUGUUGGGAAUAUCCUUUCUUCGCUGCAUGGGAUACUGCGUUCCAUACGAUUCCGUUAGCGAUGGUUGACCCAGAUUUUGCGAAAAAGCAGUUGGAUCUGCUGACCAGGGAAUGGUAUAUGCACCCCAAUGGCCAGGUAAGUGGAAUCCAACCCUGUGGCGAAACAUGUUAGUUGACAGGUUUUUCGGUUAGAUCCCGGCCUAUGAGUGGAAUUUCGGGGACGUCAACCCUCCGGUUCAUGCCUGGGCUGUCUUCAGAACCUUCAAGAUUGAGCGGAAGAUGUAUGGUCGUGAGGAUCUCGACUUCCUUGAGCGUGUCUUCCAAAAGCUUCUCCUCAAUUUCACAUGGUAAGUUAGCAAAGCUCGUUAUUUACGAAUGACAGCUGAUGGAAGCUUUAUUAGGUGGGUUAACCGGAAAGAUUUUGAUGGUAAGAAUGUAUUCGAGGGUGGUUUCCUGGGGCUGGAUAACAUUGGGAUCUUUAACCGGUCGGAGCCAUUGCCCACCGGGGGCGUUCUUGAGCAGGCCGAUUCCACUGGGUGGAUGGCGUUCUAUUCUCUAAGCAUGCUCAAUAUUUCACUCGAACUGGCUAAACACCGGAGAAUUUAUGAGGAUAUUGCGAGUAAAUUUUUCGAGCACUUCAUCUUCAUCAGUGACGCUAUGACCUACAAGGAUGGCGGGAAAGAAGAGAGCUUAUGGAAUGAUGAAGAUGGGUUUGUUUCCACUAGACUCUCGUAACAAUUCUUGGGAAACUGACGUUCGCCCUAGCUUCUACUAUGAUGCUAUCUCAUGGGGAGGUCCAUUCUCGCAGCAAAUGCCCGUCAAGUCCCUUGUCGGGCUCAUCCCGCUGUAUGCUGUCCUGACCUUGGAACCCGAAUUGAUCAAUAAGUUCCCGAGCUUUAAAAAGCGUAUGGAAUGGUUUGUCGAGAUGCGUAAUGAUGUUGCAGAGAGGAACAUUGCCAGUAUGAAAAAGAGAGGGCAAGGCGAGAGGAUACUGUUGAGUUUGGUGAGCAAGGACAGAUUGAAGAGGAUUUUGGAGAAGAUGUUGGACGAGGAUGAGUUCUUUAGUGAUCAUGGGAUUCGAUCGUAAGAGUAUCCCUCUACCGGGGCGCUGAAUAAAGCUAACAAAUUUAAAUAGGUUAUCGAAACAUCACAAGGGAAACCCUUACUGUAUGAACGUUAACGGACAGGAAUUCAAGGUUGAUUAUGUGCCUGGCGAUUCAAAUAGUGCACUGUUUGGUGGUAACAGCAACUGGCGCGGCGUAAGCAACCACCCCCGACCCAGGUAUCCAGUAUAUAGCUGACAUGUAGCACUCAGCCCAUCUGGCUUUGUGUCAACUUCCUUCUUAUUGAAUCUCUUCUCCGCUUCUACAUGUUCUACGGAGAGUCCUUCAAAGUAGAAUGUCCCACCGGUUCCGGGGAAUACAUGCAUCUUGGCCACGUUGCCGAGGAACUCCAGCAUCGCCUCCAACACAUCUUUGCUCGUGCAGACGAUGGCCGCCGUGCCUGCAAUGCUGGUAAUAACAUGCUAGACUUCGACCCUAAUUGGUGCGACUAUCUUUGGUUCCACGAGUUCUUCCAUGCCGACACAGGUGCCGGCUUGGGGGCAAGCCACCAAACCGGGUGGACUGGAUUGAUUGCCAAGAUGAUUCAUGACUCCGGCAUCAAUUGCAGAUUGCCGCAGACACCAAGGACACCUCGCACAGCAGCCGACCACUACUUUGAUGAUAUUUUCAAUAGGGUUUCCAAACCCAAGCCCUACAUGGGGCGCAGGGCCAGCACUAGGAGCAUUGAUGCUCGCAGCGAUUGGGCUGAGGAGGAUGAGGAAACCGAAGAGCAGAAAAGAGAGCGGGAGAAGGAUGAUAAAGAGGUUUUGGGAUACGUCAGUAAUCACCUAAAGCGGGUUAAAAGUCACGCAAGCGUAUUCGAUGAGGAAGACGACGAGUAUGAAGUCCAUGUGAAAUAGUACCUUCUACACAUGGGAGUUCGGUCUUUAUUUAUUUAUUUAUUUUAUUUUAUUUAUUUUUUUGUUGUCGCUUGGUUUCACUCCGGUGUAUCUAGGGGGGACUGUUGGAAUUGUGGGAACACGUCAGGUUAACAAGCAGGCAUAGAGGAUAGCAAAACAGAAUGAGAUUUUACUCUCCCUUG